AUGUCCAAGUCCCAGGCCAAGUUCCAUAUAUUUAGUAACCUGUCUUCAUCAAUUGAACAGGAUGUUGACUUAAACAGCAAUGACAACAACAAUUCUUCAAACACAAACAGUGCCGAUGGUUAUGAAGUUAAAGCUGGAGUUACCGAUCAACAAGCACAGCCACAUGACCAACAACAACAACAACAACAACCGCAAUCACAUGAGCAAAAGCAAGGCAAAGAUGUUGCUGCCACUCUUGCCACACAAUCAACCAACUCAUCAACUCCCACUUUGCGUCAACCUCAACCACAAUCUCCACAAUCACAACAGCAACAGCAUCAUCAACUCCACGCACACCAUUCCCAGCAUCUUUUGUCUGGUUCCCCAACCAGAGACGACAAGUUCCACAACCUUGUCAAGAAAACUAUCAACAAGUUGAAAUUGUCACCCGCUGUACCGAAUGCACCAACAGUUGCUUCAGCUUCAGCUUCAGCUUCUACUUCUACAAGUCCCAGUGCAUCUCAAAAGCAGCAGCAACAAUCACCACAACUGCCACAACUGCAACUGCAACUGCAACUGCAACACCAUGUUUCCACCCCAUUUGCUCGUUCAAGAUACAACUCAGUUGUUUCUUGUAACUCGUCCUCGAGCGAUAUUUUUGAAAGAUCUGUUUCUAAUGGUAGUCUACUUUGCAAAUUCACCAAUCCCGACACACCAUUCCACCAUAAUAUAGAAAACUACACCAGUCCAAUUUUAGAUACAACUGCGGAAAUUUUGGUGAAUCCAAAUAUCCAAUUAGAACAAGUUAAAUUGAAUUGUUACUGUGACGAUGAUGGUACAUCCUUGCCGUCACUUGACUCUUUUAAGGGGAAAGAUGUCCUUUUCAGUUCAAGCUACAAUAAUAACCAUAGUAAUAACAGCUACAUUGAUGGUAAUGCCAGUACAAGUAACGACUGUAACUCUAAACCAACUAAUCAGUCGACUCUGAGUUUAACUUCAGCUCCACCUUUUAUUCCAGGCUCAAACACUACGUCACCCACAUUGAGACCAAGAGCAAGAAGUAUCAUAUCACAGCUGAUUAUUUCCACGUUGGAUAACUCAAAGCAUAAUAACAACAACAACAACAACAGCAGCAGCAACAACACCACUGCAGGUGGUAUUUCCCAUCUCAGUAAAGUCAAAUCUUCAACUACUACUACUGGUUUAACAAGACCUCAUUUGUCAGCUUUGAGAUCCUCUAGCUUUGCAGGAACUACUUGUCUUUUGCGCAAUAAGCCCUCAACCACCCAUCACGACUCCAACACAGGUCCACAAGGGAAAUCAGCAAUAUUAAUUAACAGAAAGUCGUCGCCCAAAUUGGCCAGUUUGGUGACAAGAUCAUCUUCUGGUAUUCAGUUGGCGGCGUCUCCCACAUUAUCAACCCACUCCGCCACAUCGCCAACAUUGGCCAACUCUGCUAUAAAAGCGAAGCCAAUUGCAGAAUCCGAAGCAAAGUAUACUCACUCACCUACAACUAAAAGAGGAGCAACUACCGCUGCCAAACAUCACCGACCAACUGAUCCACUGCAACCUCCUGUGAUUGAUUUCUAUUCGUUUGCUGAUAUGUGUACUCAUGAAGACGAAGAACUUGCUCCAAGUGUAGCAGAGAUUGGUGAGGAAAGACACAAAGCGGAUGCGCACCGAGGUGGUGGUGGUGUAUCUUCCAACGACGAUACUGAUGACGACGAAGACGACGGGGUUGACCCACUUGAUGAUGCCAACAUCCAAGAGUUUGGUUUCAACGGUAUUAGCAGUGGUGGCAGUGGUAGUGGCUUCCUCAGUGGCAGUAUUCGUGAUGGAUCGAUUUCCACUAGUGGUACCAUGUUUACAAGAGAAGUGCCUGCUAGAAGGGGUAGCUAUGCUACGAUCAGUGCUAAGGAUUACAUAGGUGUUUUAUAA